CAGGCCGCUCUCUCUCAGCUCUCCACUGUCCUCGUUGCUCUGCGCCGGCGCUGGGGUGGAAGGGGAAGGGGCUGUCAGGCCGGGCCGGGGCAGCAGUCGAGGGGUCCCCGCCCCUUCACGCACUGAGAUGAGGAAACUGAGGCCCAGGGAGGUUAAGCAUCAGAGAUAGUGUUUGACUCCAGAGACACUGCCCUUUCCCCUCAUCCAAGGUGAUGUGUGCUAUGACUAGUCUCAGAUUGCCCAUCCGUGCUUUAAGAAAACCGAAUGUCUGGAUAGGACCCUGGGGGACAUCUCUUGCACAUAAACCCUGUACCUCUUGGAGUCAGUACAUAAAUUCUGCUAGUUAUCAGUUAAACACAUCAAACUAUAGAACAUUAUUCUUCUGUGGCAUUUCCUCUGUGAAACUCCCAGGGCUUUUAAUAUCCCCAGAAUGCAUUUCACUCUUUUCUAUAAGACUCAAAAGCAACACAGGGUCUAAAAAGACCAGUAAAAAAGCUUUGCAGAAAGUAGAAGAUGAUGACGAUGAUUCUGAUGAAGAUCGGGGAGAGAUGAGUGAGCAGGAAGAUGAAUUUGAAGAUGACCCCAAUGUAGUAAAAGACUAUAAGGAUCUGGAGAAAGUCGUCCCUUCUUUUCGGUAUGAUGUCAUCUUGAAAACAGGGCUGGAUCUUGCAAGAAAUAAAAUAGAAGAUGCAUUCUAUAAAGGUGAACUCAGAUUGAAUGGAGAAAAAUUGUGGAAGAAAAGCAGAACGGUGAAAGUGGGUGAUACACUGGAUCUCAUCAUUGGAGAGGAUAAAGAAUCAGAAACAGAGACAGCUAUGCGAAUUGUCCUGAAAAAAGUGUCAGAAGAGAAAACUGAGUCUGAAAAGUACCGAGUGCUUUUACGCCGGUGGAAAAAAAUCAAGUUGCCCAAGAAGAGCAUUUCUAAAUAACCAGAUUCCUAUGGUAGCAAGAAUACAGGAACUCAAGUGGUUUUCAUCUAGUGGGGAAACGGGGCAAAGGGGGCCUUUCUGAAAAAGGACAUUUUUAUUAAAAUAAAGUCUCGUGGGUUCUGGAGUCUGCUAGACCAUUUUGUGAAAAUGGGGAUAAGCAGCACAUCUCCAUACAUGCCUAGUGCUAGGCUUGAGCAAGUUUCUCUUGGUGACUUGGUUAGUGCUUGGUUUGACUUUUUUCCUGGGUGUGGGAAUGAAUAAUAUGGUUUCCAGGUCAUUUCACCCAGCAUAAGAUGUGCAGUGAAUGAAUUAAGUCCAGAGAGCUUUUUUAAUGAUUUGCUUGUUUUCCUAACUUAACUACCUCAUGACUGUGUUGUAAAAUAAAACUGGCCUUGUUGUUUCUUAA